ACAAAACAUUGCAAAGAGAUUUUUCGGUCCCGUUGGCUCUAUCACACAAACACUAGGCUUGAAAUGGAGAGCAAUCAAAAGCCGAGCCUUCACCAGGCGAUUCAACAAAAGCUCGGCCUCCAAAAUGAUUCGGAAUCAACAAAAUUGAACACAUCCGCAUUCAAACUGAUCAUACCCCAGCUGAAGAUACCGCAGCUGAACAAAGGCAACCCAACGCCCAUCGAUCUUGCUGAACAGGAGAAGGAGCGUCAGGCAGUGGAUGCCCGCAAUAAGCUCCUCCUCAAUGAAAUGAAGCGGCGUCGUCAAAUAUCCGAAGGUGAAAAGACGGCAGGCCAGCCAUUUUCUGGCUUUGUUAUACCACAGCUCUGCGUUGCACCGGGAGAGCCGUCGGCGGAUGCGGCCAAACUAAAUAUUCCAUUGCUGAACAAGCUCCUCAGUCAGAACAUGAGCAGCGGGGCGCUGCCCAAACUGGAGCGCGCUGUGGAUCGGCUGCACAUAUCGGGUGGCGACGGGGGCGACACAAUCCCGCCCCUGCAUCCUGUGCCAACAGCCGCGCCCCUCAUUGACUUGACCACAGCCGUGAUAAAAGGCAACCAAAAUGCGCCGCCCAAGGAAUAUGCAAGCAAAGCUCGACUUAAGCGAGCGCAAAACACGCACACAUUUGAUAUACCAUUUAUUGCCUAUGAUCCUGUGAAGCGGUUUGCCCCCUCGAUAUGCUUGUUGACGGACGACAAAUGCUCAAUGAGCGUCGAUGGUAGCGAUUUGCUGGCUCCAGAGCAUCACAGUGUCAUUGGGAGUUUGCUGGAUGCCGUGGUAGGUUACCCGGAGCCACGGAAGCCACAGGUCAAAUACGCCAUUUCGCUACUGGAGCAACAGCACCUGAAAAUGUAUCGGCGUGAGGACUAUGGCAGCAAUGUGAAACGAUUUCGGUUUGAUACCCCGUCGCCUGAUGAGGUAGUCAAACAGGCCCUGCAGAAAACCUGGCGCUCUUCAAAAACUUAAGUUUAUUUGAUUCGACAUUCACUGACAAUUUGCAAUAAGUAAAAUUUUAAGUAACAAUAAAUUAUCUGAUAUAAAAGGGAA